UUGGUGGCGCUGGCCUGAAGAAGGGAAGGGGGAAAAGGGAAAGUAAGGAGCACAAAUGCCAGGAGAUGUGUAUCGCGCGAGAAAGACACGACAAAUAAAGGGCUCGAUGGUAUCCCUAAUAGAAUGGGGUAUAGUUGAAGAUUAACCUAAAUUGUGACGGCAAGACCCCAGAGUCGGUAGGCAGGGCGUCUUGGCGCUGGCUUUUGGGAAAUGUAGUUGCAAUGCUGCCGACGGCGUCUGUUUGCGACAGAAACUACAACCCCCACAUGCCACCGCAGCACUUGCCGCUGCCGGCGAACCAACGGUUCUGGAGGCCAGGGUUCACUGAGAACGUCCAUCUGACAAUGGAUCCUGAAUUAUCACAUAGUGUAAUUGGAAGCUAUCUUAACCCUCCAGAAAGAAAGUAUCUUCCAUCGUUCAUUCAGAAUGAAGCAUCUCAGAAUGGCCAUCCUGUGAAUUCAGAAGUCACCCCUCCUAAAAUGUUUAAUAGUCCAAACAACCGAGCACUUGUUUCAGCAUUAAAAACUCUUCAGGAAAAGAUCCAUCGCCUGGAGCUGGAGCGGACUCAGGCUGAAGACAACUUGAACUCUCUGUGCAGAGAGGCAGCGCAGUAUAAAAAGGCCUUGGAGAAUGAGACAAAUGAGCGGAACCUGGCCCACCAGGAACUGAUUAAGCAGAAAAAAGAUAUAAGCAUCCAGUUAAGCUCAGCCCAGUCCCGUUGUACUCUUCUAGAGAAGCAACUUGAAUAUACAAAGAGAAUGGUUCUCAAUGUAGAACGAGAAAAGGCGAUGAUCCUAGAACAACAGGUUGGCUUCUGGUUCAUGAUGCUGCUCCUCCCUCAACCUCUUGAGUGCUGUGAGUACAGAAGGGAACCGCAAGUCCCAGCUUUAGAUUUUCAGCACAUUAAAGAUUUUGCUCAGUUGUCUUCAGCUCUCAAGGCCCAGCUUCAAAGGGAAAAAGAACAAGAUCAGAUGAAACUGCACGCUAAACUGGAAAAGCUCGAUGUCUUAGAAAAAGAAUGUUUUAGAUUGACAACAACUCAGCAGACUGCUGAGGAUAAGAUAAAAUAUCUAGAGGAAAAGCUGAAGGAAGAGGAGCAUCAGCGCAAGCUGUUUCAAGACAAAGCGUGUGAGCUUCAAACUGGACUGGAAAUCAGCAGAAUUUUAAUGUCUACAGUUUCACAUUCAAAGCUCUGUAAAGAAAAGAAGAAACCACUAAAGAAAACUAAGUGUUUGAAGAGAGAACCACCUCAGCAAAUGGACCCCAAGUUUAGAGCACUGUCUUUGGAGGGGGGAAAGAUGCUGCAUCCCUAUGGGCUGCAUUACUUUCAGAAACCUGUUCUACUCCCUGAGUCGCGGUGUCUCUACAAGUCUCUCAGAACAACUUCCCAGGACAAUGCUGAACCUCUUAACUCGGGAGAGUCCAUUUCCAUUUGUGACAAUUUGUCUGAACUUUUGAUGGCAAUGCAAGAGGAGUUGGACCAAAUGACUAUGCAGCACAGAGAACUAUUGAAACAAAUGAUGCAAACUAGAAGCCACUCAGACUCUGAUGAUAUAGAACAUGAGCUAGAGCAAUUAGUCAAGAAGAUGGAAAGCAAAGGAGACCAGAUCUCCAAACUCAAGAAGCAUCAAGACAGUGUCCGCAAACUGCAGCAAAAAGUUCAGAACUCAAGGAUAAAUGCAUCUUCAGGUUUCCUUCGGGAACUUGGCAACCCUAAAGGAUCAAAGGACACGAAAAAUAGCCCCAGGAAGUGUUUGAAUGAAACUAACCCUUUUCAGAAACGCGUAAGCUUCCGUCCAGUACAAGCUCACAAUCUCCAGGUGAAACUGCGGAGAGAUGACAUCAAAUGGGAACAGUGACACUAGCAAAACUGUGGCCUUCAGUGAGCCUGGCCAGUGACAUCUUACCUGUCUGCCUGGUUUAUAUUUAAUAUACUUUGGGGGACUUUUUUGUUUCCAGCUUCUAUGAAAUAUGAAGUUGUGUAUGUUCAGAAUAAUGGUGAAUGACCUACCAAGAACCCCAGAAUGAUAAAUGGCUGAUUUCUGUUGUUGCUAUUAACCAAAGGCCCAUGCCCGCAUCAAGUGUUAGAAGCAUUCGUUUUGCAGCUCCCUAAGGUAAAUCUAAGAAGGGGACUGGAUAGCCGCUCAUUAAAAUCAAGUUAAACCUGAACUCCGAGUGCCAUUUCACAGGUUUACUUAGGUAGGCUGCAGAUCAACACGGAGUGAACAGAGUCCUGUGACUUCCCUGAAAUUGCCACUGUACCUCAUUUUAAGUCUCAACAGUGUUCGUGUUUGUUUGCUUUGUUUGGAAAGGGGAAAACAUAAUCAUUCUGCAAUUGUGUGAAGAUGCCUGUGACUACGCUUUGAUGUGACAGCUAUGAGAAGUAAUGUGUAACUGAUUACAUUCUCAGUACACUGACUCAGCUUUCUCCUCGGCUUUUCCAAGCCUGCUUUCCUUUUAAACACCAGGAACUGGGGUUAUCUUACUCUUCUGUAACUUUUCCUGGUUUCUUGUUUGUGCUACAUGUGAUUUUCUCUAGUAUAUGACAAUGUAUACGACCAAGAAGAUAAUGGGAUUUCAUAAGAAAUUAAGCAUUUAAUUAACUAGAGAAAAUGAAUUCAGUAAAUGUGCUAUCUCUUUUUAUACUUUAGAAUCAGUGAUGUCACGAUGGAUUUCUUUGUUGUAUACAUAUUUUAUAAUAAAUUGACACUUUUUGUCUUUCUAGAA